AUGGCCGCCCCAGCCGCCUUUCAUCCGCGCCCGCGCCGUUUCCUUCCCUCGACUUCCGGCCCCAGCCCGCAAGGUCUCCUUACCGUGCUGCCGGGGUUUUACCCUAAAUUAAGAACCCGUCGGCAGCCCUCGAGCUCGUUCCGGCGGCCACAGCUGCGCUGCCAGGUGCGGGCCAUCGGCUCCGCUCCCGCAGCGGGACCGCGUGGAGAGCUCUCGUGGUUGGAGGCGGAGGCCAGGCUUGCAGCGAAGCGUGCUGCCCGGGCCGAGGCUCGAGAGAUCCGAAUGCGGGAGCUGGAGCGGCAGCAGAAGGAGAUCUAUCAGGUUCAAAAGAAAUAUUAUGGGCUGGAUACGAAAUGGGGUGACAUCGAACAGUGGAUGGAAGACAGUGAGCGCUACUCCCGCAGGUCCAGAAGAAACACCUCGGCUUCUGAUGAGGACGAGCGCAUGUCUGUGGGUAGCCGCGGCAGUCUGCGGGUGCAGUCUGACCUGGAGUACAGGGGCCCCCACGCCUGGACAAAUGGCUGUGAUGGAGAGCGGUCUGGAUCCCAGUCCCUGAGCAGAAGAUCCGGCAGGCCCUCCUAUCUGUGCAGCGCUGCCUGGCCCGCGGCGAGCUUCCGGGCGUCUGUGUUGGAGGACAGCAGCCUUGUUGGGGCUCGACGGGGCAGCGUCUGUGGUUCCUACCAUGCUCCGUCGGAGUACAGCAGCCACCUCAACUCCAGCUCCCGAGCCUCCUCCAGGGCCAGCUCUGCGCGGGCCAGCCCCGUGGUUGAAGAGAGGCCAGAGAAAGAUUUUACUGAGAAGGGGUCUCGCAACAUGCCUGGCUUGUCGGCCGCCACGCUGGCCUCUCUGGGCGGGACUUCCUCCCGGAGGGGAAGCGGAGACACCUCCAUCUCCAUGGACACCGAGGCUUCUAUUAGGGAAAUUAAGGAACUCAAUGAGUUGAAGGACCAGAUUCAGGAUGUAGAAGGCAAAUACAUGCAGGGACUGAAAGAGAUGAAGGACUCGCUAGCAGAAGCUGAGGAGAAGUAUAAGAAGGCCAUGGUGUCCAACGCCCAGCUGGACAACGAGAAGACGAACUUCAUGUACCAGGUGGACACCCUGAAAGACACACUGCUGGAGCUGGAGGAGCAGCUGGCCGAGUCCCAGCGGCUCUACGAGGAGAAAAGCAAGGAGUUUGAGCGGGAGAAGCAUGCGCACAGCGUCCUGCAGUUCCAGUUCGCCGAGGUGAAGGAGGCGCUGAAGCAGAGGGAAGAAAUGCUUGAGGAAAUCCGACAGCUACAGCAGAAACAGGCGAGUUAUAUCAGGGAGAUUUCUGAUCUUCAGGAAACCAUAGAGUGGAAAGACAAAAAGAUAGGGGCAUUAGAGAGGCAGAAGGAGUUCUUUGAUUCCAUAAGGAGUGAACGAGAUGAUCUUAGAGAAGAAAUAGCCAAGCUGAAAGAGGAGCUAAAGAAACAUGGAAUAAUCCUAAAUUCAGAAAUAGCUACCAACGGAGAGACUUCAGACACACUCAAUAAUGUUGGAUACCAAGGCCCUACCAAGGUGACAAAGGAAGAGUUCAAUGCCCUCCAGUCAGCUGGCGACGGGGCACUGGAUAAUAGGUUGAAAAAGCUUGUCGAUGAGCGAGAAUGCUUACUGGAACAGGUUAAGAAACUCAAAGGGCAGCUGGAAGGGAAACAGAAGAACAACAAGCUGGACUUCAGUCUGCGAUCUGAAGACGAGGUCUUGGAAAACGGGACAGAUGUUCACGUCAUGGAUCUACAAAGGGAUGCCAACAGACAGAUCAGCGACCUCAAAUUUAAACUUGCAAAAUCAGAGCAAGAGAUAACUGCACUAGAACAAAAUGUAAUAAGGUUAGAGAGCCAAGUAUCCCGUUAUAAAACAGCUGCUGAAAAUGCAGAAAAAAUAGAAGAUGAACUUAAGGCAGAGAAACGGAAACUCCAAAGAGAGCUUCGCUCCGCACUGGAUAAAACAGAAGAGCUCGAGGUGAGCAAUGGCCACUUAGUGAAGCGUCUGGAAAAGAUGAAAGCGAACAGGAGCGCACUCUUGUCCCAGCAGUAAGCACCAGCCUGACAGGCAGCUGAGCGUGUGGCCCUUGGGUUUUUCUCUGUACUGUGAGCGCGCCAUGCCUCCACGGAACGCUACGGGGAGCCCUGGCUCUUCCACUCGUGCCGGGAUCCACCCCGGAGAACCCAGCAGCCGCCAGCUGCAGCCUCGUCUGCAGACCCCUUCUCCAGGCUGGGCCGACUCUCAGAACCUCCAGGUUUCUUCGUAAGCACACUGGGCCUCUGACUCUGACGCACAGCCGCUUCUCAAUGCAUGGCUAGGGACGACCCAGGUCAAGAUGAGCGUGGAACAUGAGCUGUCUUUUCACGUGUCUCGCUGAAAGUGAAGGGGAAACGUUACAGUGUGGGACUCCUCCAUGGCAAAACUACAGUUUGAGCGACUUCCGUAGUAUCUCUUAGUCUACGCUUUUCAUACACAAAACACUGUGGAACCACAAGCCAUUACCAAGCAAAACUCACUGCAAACAAGAGGAUGGUCUAGGCGUAAAAGUGACCUUAAGAAAACUCUUUACAGGCAACAAAUAAAGCUUUUCUAAGGGAUUUUUGCAUCUGUUCAGUCAUGAGAGUACUUUUUUCCAGGGUAAUUAGGCAAUAGCUCUUCUCUGAAAAAAAAGACAGCUUUUCAUUUGCAUUAUAUUUGGAAUUGAAGUUGUUAACUUCUUUUAAAGAAUGUUCUAUUAGAAAAAUAAAAUAUGAAAUGUUAAAAGACUUGA